AAACGACGCAACAACUCCUACGGUCCUACUCAAUUCGGUCAGAUCGGAGACGAACCGAACCCUCCCCUUCUCUCUCACUCAGUGCAGCCAAACCCCAUGGCGGACGAGGCCUCGUCCUCGUCGGCGCCGGUCCUGGCAGUGGACGCGGCGGCGCUGGGCGCGGUGGCGGAUGCGCUACCGCCGGAGGAGAUGACGCUGGUGGUGAAGUGGCGAGGGCAGGAGCAGACGGUGCGGAUGGUGGGGGACGACACGCUCGGGGAGCUCAAGCUGCGCAUCUGCGAGGUCACGGGGGUGCUCCCCAAGCGGCAGACGCUGCUCUACCCCAAGCUCAUGCUCAAAGACGUCGACGACUCAGCCCUGCUCUCCUCCAUCCCCUUCAAGCCCAACGGCAAAAUCAGCAUGGUCGGUACUGUUGAAGAAGAAAUAUAUGUGGGCCAAGAAGAUGCGCCGGAGGUACUCGAUGAUCUUGACUUCGAGCAGAAUGAAGUUACUGCCAUUAAGGAUAAAGAUGUCUACAAGCAGAAAUUAAAACGGCGUGCAAGUCAGUAUAAGAUCAAGCUCUUGAAUCCAUGCCGCAAAGGAAAGAAGCUGCUUGUCUUAGACAUUGACUAUACUCUGUUUGACCAUAAGUCGUCAGCUGAGAAUCCUGAGGAACUCAUGCGUCCAUAUCUUCACCAGUUCCUCACAGCUGCAUAUUCAAAGUAUGACAUCAUGAUAUGGUCAGCAACCAGUAUGAAAUGGGUGGAGUUGAAGAUGGAGCAACUUGGAGUUCUUAGCAAUCCUGACUACAAAAUCACUGCUCUUAUGGAUCACUUGGCGAUGAUAACUGUGCAAUCUGAAAAUCUAACUAAAAAGCAAACUUUCGACUGCAAGCCUCUUGGUGUCAUUUGGGCUCAGUUCCCUGAGUACUACAAUGAGAAGAACACGAUCAUGUUUGAUGACCUAAGAAGGAAUUUUGUCAUGAAUCCACAGAAUGGUCUAGUGAUCAAACCAUUCAAGAAAGCGCAUUCGUACAGAGAUGGUGAUCACGAGCUGGUGAAGCUUACACACUACCUGCUUACCAUUGCAGACCUAGAAGAUUUCAGCAAGCUGGACCACAGUAAAUGGGAAUCCUUCAGAGAUGAGGGUGCCAAGAGACGCAGACACAGAUGAUUGGCGGAAAGAAAAUCAGAACACCCCUUUUUGUUUUAUGUUCAUUGCUAUGAACCCGCACGCACUAGCAUAACUGAAUGACCAGGACAACCCUAAGAUUUACUUAGACCAUUCUGCGAGAUGCCCGUGCUUUGACUUGACUUGGAUUCAACUUUGUCCAAUUUACAGUAAUUUCUGAACCUGCACCGUGCUUUCCUUUGUGAAACUUGAAUCUUGCACGGUUAUUUUAGCCCGUUUAUUUCUGCCCCA